GAGUUGAGUUGAGUUUAUAAGCGCAGAACACAAACACAGAGUCCAAAACACAAUGGCUCGAAAGCAGCGAAUGCCUCCUGCUACAGUAUCGCAGCCCCUCCAAAACGACGCCGUUGAAGAGCAUGCAGCGUCGUCUGAGUCGGAGAGAUCUCCGGUCAAACGCACAGUCACGCCGGAUCCGAAGCAGAAAUCCGGGUCAAAACCCGACCCGAGACGAAGCAGGAAGAGGGGUUCUGAAAAGGAGGAAAAGGUCGGUGUGAGCAAGAAUGCUAGGGUUGAGAAGAAUUCGAGUGCAAAGCGGGUUUGGAGCGAUGAAGAUGCAAUUGCUAUCGUGCAAGGACUAAUUGAUUAUGAGUUGGAGUAUGAUGAGGACCCGCGUUCUGAUUACGAGGCGUUUUUUGAGUAUGUUAAGGAUUCUCUCCAGGCCAAAGUGUCUCUUACUCAGUUGAAGGAGAAGAUUAAGACGCUGAAGAGGAAGUAUAAGUCUCUCAAAGAUUCUGAUGCUGUGUUUGCCAAACCCAUUGAAGAGGAAUUGUUUCGGCUUUCUGAUACGUUUUGGGGCCAAGGGAACGACAAUCAGGGUAAUGCUGCUAGCAAGGACAAGGAUAUGAGUAUUGAGAUCAUUGAGGAUGGAGUGGUUGAGAACGGUAGGAAGGACAAGGAUACGAGCAUUGGGAUAAAUGACGAUGAUGGAGUGAAUGAGGAUGAUGGGAAGCAGCAGGAUACGAGCAUCGGGGUAAAUGAGAAUGUAGGGAAUGAGGGCGGUGAUGAGGAUGACGAGGAUGGGGAGGAGAAUGAGGCUGAGGGUUUGGGUUUUAAGGAAUUGUAUCCGAAUUUGAGUCGGGCAUGGGAGUCGGAUAUUGGUUUUGGUUUUCCGCAGGCAUUGAAAGAUCUGACCAUGCGAAAUUUGAAGUUGCAUGCAAGUGAAAAGAUGAGGGCUUUGGACAAGGAAUGGAAGGAUCUGUUAGUUAAGGAGUUGCAGUUGUAUGUUGACAAGUUGGAGUUGAAGACUAAGCUUGCUAAAGUGGCGUUGGAUCAGAUGCUAAGUUCGGACCCUUGACGACUUGUGGAAAGCGCUGUAGAAGGUCUUAAUAUAGUAGUAUGGCGUAUAUUAGCUAUCUUUUGCUUUUGAAGUAGUACCAACUGUGUUAAUCAUGUUAAUGGCUUUAUUGUCUAUCAUUUCUGGGGUAUAUUUGUGUCAUUUGAAUUAUUUUGGCAAAUCUAAAUCCCAGGUCAGAACAGUUAAUGCCUUGGUUAUCAUAACUAUUAUUGGAUCAGAUGCUAAGUUCGGACCCUUGAA